AUGCAAACUUUUAAAAUUGUAACAUUGGGUGCAAGUGGUACCGGUAAAACUUCAUUAACUGUUAGAUUUGUUAAUGGUGAUUUUAUAGAAAGUUAUGACCCAACAAUUGAGGAUUUAUAUAGAAAAGUUAUCGAAACUAAUAAAGGUGAAAACUGUGUAUUAGAAAUUAUGGAUACAUCUGGUACAGAAAGAUUCCUUGCAAUGAGAGAUUUAUAUAUUAGAAAUGCACAGGCUUUUGUAUUGGUUUAUUCAAUUACAUCAAGAGUUAGUUUUAUAGAAUUAGAAAAUAUUAAAAAUUAUAUUUGUCAAGUUAAAGAGAAAUCAGUUUCACAAAUUCCAAUCGUCGUCUUGGGUAAUAAAUGUGAUUUAGAAGAGAACCGUGCUGUUUUCCCAGAAGAAGUCGAGGCUUUAAUAAAGAGAUGGGGAUCUGGUGAAUUCAUGGAAACCUCAGCAAGGAUUGAUAUGAAUAUUCAAAGUGCUUUCGACCAAUUGGUAAAACAAUUGUUCAUUAAACAAACUGAAAAACCAUCUAGUAAAAAAGAAAAGAAAUCCAACUUAUCUUUAAUUAGUAGCAGUAACAGUACCACUUCUAUUGCCAGCAGCAGCAGCUUAAGUAGUAUAUCCAGUAGUGUUAGUUCAUCUAAUCUUAGCUCUAGUGGAAAUAACCAAUCUAAAGAGAAUAUAUCAAAUAGUUACAGCAAAGAGAAUGUACAAAGAACCAGCAGUAUAAAUAAUUUUAAUAAGAUUAAAACUUUAAAAAAGAAAAAAGGUGCCUCGCCCAAAGAAACUAAAUGUUCGAUAAUGUAA